UCGCGGGUCGGGAGGACGGAGGGAAAACCUGGGAGAUCCGCACAGCCAGUGACCGGCAACUUUCGGGCGAGACUUGGCCGCGCACAACUGCGCGCUGCCUUUUUCUGGAUUCUCCCGAGCUCGCCUCAGGUUGGCGUCCUGCUUCUCCCGAGAGCUCGGCCCGCUCUCGCUCGGGCAGUGAGGGAAUCGAAUCCCCCGCCAGCCCCGGCGCCUCCGGGCAGAUGUGAGUGUCGCUCUCCGCCCGUCCACCUCAUUUCCGCGGAGGUAACCGCCUGCCGUCCGCCGCCCGCCACCCACCGCCCUCGGAUCGCCCCGGCUCGGGGCACCGAAGCCAGCGUUUUAGCCGUGAGCCGGUACUUGGAUGCCGAAGGCUGGGCUCCUCCAGCGUGGGUUCCGAGGCUGCGAUGGGUGUCCUCAAAGUGUGGUUCGGCGUGGCCCUUGCAUUGGCGAAAUUUGCAGUAUUGCCUCAUCAUUCAGAAGGUGCUUGUGUCUAUCAGGGUUCCUUGUUGGAGGAUGCCACAAUUUGGAAGCCUGAUUCAUGCCAGAACUGCCGUUGCCAAGGUGAUAUCGUUAUCUGCAAACCUGCUGUUUGCAGAAACCCUCAGUGUGCCUUUGAGAAGGGAGAAGUGCUUCAAAUAGCCGCCAACCGAUGCUGCCCUGAGUGUGUCUCGAGGACUCACGGAUCUUGCCACCAUGAAGGGAGAAUCCAUGCACACGGGACAGAGUGGGUCUCCUCCCCAUGUAGUGUGUGCUCUUGUACUCAUGGAGAAGUCCGGUGCACCCCCCAGCCAUGCCCACCACUGUCAUGCGGACACCAGGAGCUGGAAUUCAUCCCUGAAGGAAGCUGCUGCCCAGUCUGUGUGGGCCCUGGGAAACCUUGCUCCUAUGAAGGCCGUGUGUUUCAGGAUGGGGAGGACUGGCGGUUGAGCAGAUGUGCCAGAUGUGUGUGUAGCAACGGGGUUGCACAGUGCUUUACAGCUCAGUGUCCGCCUCUGUUCUGUAACCAGGAUGAAACUAUAGUCCGAGUCCCUGGAAAAUGUUGCCCACGGUGCUCUGCACGAUCCUGCUCUGCAACUGGCCAAGUGUAUGAGCAUGGUGAGCAGUGGAGUGAAAACGCUUGUACCACAUGUAUAUGUGACCGCGGCGAAGUCAGGUGCCACAGACAGGCCUGCCCUCCAUUAAGAUGUGAAAAGGGUCAGAGCAGAGCUCGACGUCAUGGGGAAUGCUGUGAGGCAUGUGUGUCUCCUGCCGGAAGCUGCUCCUAUGAUGGGAUUGUGCGGUACCAGGACGAAAUGUGGAAGGGCUCGGCCUGUGAGUUCUGCAUGUGUGACCGUGGCCAAGUGACCUGCCAGACUGGAGAGUGUGCCAAAGAGGAGUGUGCUCAGGGUGAAGAACUAAUUCACUUGGAUGGAAAAUGCUGUCCUGAAUGCAUUUCAAGGAAUAGUUAUUGUGUUUAUGGAGAAAAAGAAGAAUUUAUGUCCUCAAAUGCCAGUGAAGCUACCCGUAUUCCAGAGGGAGAGACAUGGGAGGUUGGCUCUUGCAAGGUGUGCGAGUGUCGGGGGGCUCAGGUAACUUGUUAUGAGCCCUCUUGCCCACCUUGUCCAGUGGCCACACUAGCUGUGAAGGUGAAGGGACAGUGCUGUCCAGAUUGCACAUUGGUUCAUUGCCACAAAGACUGCCUGACCUGUUCUCAGUCUCCAGACCAUUGUGAUCUCUGCCAGGAUCCCACAAAGUUACUGCAGAAUGGACGAUGUGUGCACAGCUGUGGUCUUGGAUUUUACCAAGCCAGUGAUCGCUGUUUAGCCUGCCAGCCCCAGUGCGCUGCGUGCACCAGUGGGUUGGAGUGCUCCUCCUGCCGGCCGCCCCUGCUGAUGCAGCAUGGGCAGUGCGUGCCCACCUGUGUGGACGGCUUCUUCCAAGAUCGCCACUCCUGUGCAGUUUGCCACGAGUCCUGUGCAGCAUGCUGGGGGCCCACAGAGAAGAACUGCCUGGCCUGCAGAGAUGCCCUCCAAGUGCUGAGAGAGGGUGGCUGUGAGAGCAGCUGUGGUGAAGGCUUUUACAACAAGCAGGGGAUCUGUAAGGCUUGUGACCAAUCCUGUAAGAGCUGUGGCCCUAAUAGUACCACAUGUCUCACCUGUACUGAGAAGACAGUGUUGCUCGAUGGGAAAUGCAUUCCUGAAUGCCCUGGUGGGUACUAUGCUAAUGCCACUGGCAAAUGCAAAGUUUGUCAUAACUCGUGUGCCAGCUGCUCUGGACCUACAGCCUCUCACUGUAUAGCCUGCGCCCACCCCAAUGUGCUGCGCCAAGGCUACUGUUUGCCCAGCUGUGGAGAGGACUUUUACCCUGACCAUGGGGUCUGCAAAGCCUGUCAUUCCUCGUGCCUGACUUGUGUGGGUCCAGAGCCCUCUCACUGUACUCAGUGUAAGAAGCCAGAAGAAGGAUUGCAAGUGGAGCAGCUUUCUGGGGUAGAUGUCCCCUCUGGCGAGUGUCUAUCCCAGUGUAGAGCCCAAUUUUACUUGGAGAACACUGGGCUGUGUGAAGCCUGUCACCAAUCCUGCUUUGGAUGUGCAGGGAAGAGCCCGCAUAACUGCACAUCCUGCCAGCCUCCUCGUGUGCUGUUGGAUGGGCAGUGCCUGUCCCAGUGCCCAGACGGAUACUUUAACCAGGAAGACAGCUGUAAAGAAUGCCACCCAACCUGCAGGCAGUGCCACGGCCCGUCGGAAUCUAAUUGCACCUCUUGUCACCCUCAUGUCACCCUUAUGGGUGGAAGCUGCAGGACCAACUGCAAGGAGGAGCAGUUCCUCAACCUCAUGGGGUACUGUGCUGACUGCCAUCCUCUGUGCCAGCACUGUGCAGCUGAUCUCCACAACACCGGGAGUGUGUGCCUGCGAUGCCAGGAUGCCCGUUACCUGCUACUGGGGGACCACUGUGCUCCUGACUGCCCGUCAGGAUACUAUGUGGAAAAAGGAGCUUGUGAAAGAUGUCACUCCUCCUGCCGAACCUGCCAGGGCAGAGGACCCUUCUCCUGCACCUCAUGUGACACCAACCUGGUUCUGUCCCACAUUGGCACCUGCACCACCACCUGCUUCCCUGGGCACUAUCUGGAUGACAACCAUGCUUGCCAGCCAUGCGACACACAUUGUCGAAGCUGUGAUUCACAGGCCAGCUGUACCUCCUGCCGAGAUCCAAACAAGGUCCUGCUCUUUGGGGAAUGUCAGUAUGAGAGCUGUGCACCACAGUACUAUCUUGACUUCACCACCAAGACGUGCAAAGAGUGUGAUUGGAGUUGCAGUGCAUGCAAAGGGCCUCUGAGAACAGACUGCCUGCAGUGCAUGGAUGGCUACGUUCUCCAAGAUGGGGCCUGCGUGGAGCAGUGCUCACCACAGUUUUACCGAGACUUGGGCCUCUGCAAGAGCUGUGGCAGCCACUGUUUGCAAUGCCAGGGUCCCCAGGAGUGCACCCGCUGUGAAGGGCCAUUUCUCCUCUUGGAAGCCCAGUGUGUCCAGGAAUGUGGGAAGGGUUACUUUGUAGACCGUGCAAGUCACAGAUGCACAGCCUGCCCUCGAGGGUGCUUGCAGUGUAGCCACAGGGACCAGUGUCACCUCUGUGACCAUGGGUUCUUUCUGAAGAGUGGCCUUUGUGUUCUCAACUGUGUUCCUGGCUUCUCCAGCCUCUCCUUUAACGGGACAUGUGCUGGCAAAAUACAUACCCCUAGUCUUCAUGUGAAUGGUUCCCUAACCCUUGCAAUUGGUUCAAUGAAGCCAUUGGAUUUUUCUUUUCUGAAUGUCCAAGACCAAGAUGGCAGGGUCGAAGACCUCCUGUUCCAUGUUGUGAGCACUCCCACCAAUGGCCGGCUAGUCCUCUCAAAGAAUGGAAAAGAAGUGCAGCUGGACAAGGCUGGCCAUUUUAGCUGGAAAGAUGUGAAGGAGAAGAAAGUGCGUUUUGUGCACAGCAAAGAAAAACCCAGGAAAGGUUACUUUUCCCUGAAAAUUAGUGACCAGCAGUUCUUCUCUGAGCCACAACUGAUCAACAUACAAGCAUUUUCAACACAGGCCCCCUAUGUGCUGAGAAAUGAAAUCCUCCAUAUUAGCAGAGGAGAGAGUAGAAGCAUCACCACCCAGCUGCUUGACAUCCGAGAUGAUGACAACCCACAGGAUGUGGUAGUCGAAGUGCUUGAUCCUCCACUUCAUGGCCAGUUGCUCCAAAUGCUUCGGGCUCCCUCAGCCCCUAUCUAUCAAUUCCGACUGGAUGAGCUCUCUAGGGGCCUUCUCCACUAUGCUCAUGAUGGCUCAGAUAGCGUAUCUGAUGUUGCAGUCUUGCAGGUCAAUGACGGGCAUUCCUUCCAAAAUAUACUGUUCCACAUUAAGACUGCACCCAAGAAUGAUGGAGGUCUUCAGCUUGUGGCUAAUUCAAUGGUGUGGGUUCCAGAAGGAGGCAUGCUGCAGAUUACCAACAGAAUCUUACAGGCCGAAGCUCCAGGUGUCAGCGCCUCAGAAAUCAUCUACAAAAUCACACAAGACCACCCCCAAUUUGGGGAUGUGGUCCUUCUGGUUAAUAUGCCUGCAGACAGUCCAGCAGAUGAAGGGCAGCACCUGCCUGAUGGGAGGACAGCAACCCCCACCAGUACCUUCACCCAGCAAGACAUCAAUGAAGGCAUCAUAUGGUACAGGCACUCGGGGGCCCCAGCCCAAAGUGACUCCUUCCGCUUUCAGGUGUCCAGUGCUGCAGACGCCCAGACCCAUCUGGAGAGCCGCACGUUCAACAUCGCCAUCUUACCACAGACACCUGAGGCACCUAAACUCUCGCUUGGAGCAUCUCUCCACAUGACUGCUCGAGAAGACCGCCUGACUGUGAUUCAGCCUCAUUCCCUCUCCUUUGUAAAUUCUGGGAAGCCAAGUGGAAAGAUCAUAUACAAUAUCACUCUACCUCUGCAUCCAAAUCAAGGUAUCAUCGAACACAGGGACCAGCCUCACUCUCCCAUCCAGUAUUUCACGCAGGAAGAUAUUAACCAAGGCAAAAUCCUGUACCGACCUCCCACUGCAGCCCCCUACCUCCAGGAGAUCAUGACUUUCUCCUUUGCUGGUCUCCCAGAAUCGGUGAAAUUCCACUUCACAGUUUCCGAUGGAGAGCACACAAGUCCAGAGACGGUCCUCACCAUUCACUUACUUCCCACUGAUCAGCAGCUUCCAGUGUUCCAGGUCACAGCUCCACUCCUUGAGGUCAGCCCGGGAGGCAGCACUUCUGUAGGACUUCAGUUGUUAGUAAGAAAUGCUGACACUGUACCUGAAGAACUCUCCUUUGAGCUUCAGAAACCUCCACAGCAUGGCGUGCUCCUUAAAUACACAGCUGAGUUCCAAGGACCCAUGGUUGCAGGUGACACUUUCACAUAUGAAGAUACUGAGAAAAAUGCUUUGCGGUAUAUACAUGAUGGCUCCUCUGCCUGGGAAGACAGCAUGGAGAUUGCUGUCACAGAUGGCGUCACCACAACAACGUUGGAAGUGAGAGUGAAGGUGUCGCUGUCAGAGGACCAAGGGCCUCGGCUGGCUGCUGGCUCAUCUCUGAGCAUUACUGUUGCCAGCAAAAGCUCAGCCGUAAUCACUAGAUCACACCUUGCUUACCUUGAUGAUUCUUCCCCCGACCCAGAGAUCUGGAUUCAGUUAAUUUCUCUGCCAAUGUAUGGUGCUCUCUUAAGAACCUCAGGACCGGAGGUGGAAGAACUCUCAGAAAUGUCCAAUUUCACAAUGGAAGACAUCAACAACAACAAGAUUAGGUACUCAACUGUGUUUGAGCCAGAUGGUCAUCUGGUUACUGAUAGCUUCCAUUUCUCUGUUUCUGACAUGGACCACAACCAUCUGGACAAUCAGAUGUUUACCAUCAUUAUCACUCCCGUUAAGAAUCCACCUCCAGUCAUUGCUUUUGCUGACCUUAUCACGGUUGAUGAGGGAGGGAGAACCCCACUCUCAUUUCACCAUUUCUUUGCUGCUGAUGAUCAUGACAACCUCCAAGGAGAUGCCAUCAUUAAACUAAGUGCUCUGCCCAAAUACGGCUGCAUUGAGAACACAGGAACAGGUGAUCGCUUUGGCCCUGGAGCUACCAGUGACUUGGAGGCAUCGUUCCCUAUUCAAGAUGUCCUGGAAAACUACAUUUACUACUUUCAGAGUGUUCAUGAAAGCAUUGAGCCAACCCAUGAUAUUUUUAGUUUUUAUGUGACUGAUGGAACUGGUCGUUCUGAAAUUCACAGCAUCAAUAUCACCAUCGAGAGGAAGAAUGAUGAGCCUCCCAGGAUGACCCUGCGGCCCCUCAGAGUGCAGCUAAGCUCUGGAGUGGUUAUAAGCAAUUCUUCCUUGAGCCUGCAAGACCUGGACACUCCAGAUAAUGAGCUGAUUUUUGUAUUGACAAAAAAGCCUGACCACGGUCAUCUGCUCCAGAAGCAAACUGCCUCUGAGCCACUAGAGAAUGGGAGGGUUUUAGCCCAGGGCUCCUCCUUUACCUACCAGGAUGUCCUGGAUGAGCUGGUUGGGUACAAGCCAGGUGGCCAUGGUGUGGCAGUGGAUGAGUUCCACUUCUCCCUGACUGAUGGCAAACAUACCAACACAGGGAGGAUGGAGAUCUACAUAGAGCUGCCUAUAAGUGACACCCUCCAGUUGGUGGUAAACUGGGGCCUACAGCUCUCAGCAGGGUCUGUCGCACGCAUCACAGAAGAGCACUUGAAAGUGACAGAUACUGACUCAGACGACCAUCAGGUUGUGUAUAUCAUGAAGGAAGAUCCUGGCGUGGGGCGCCUGCAGAUGGUUAAGCGUGACAACCUGGAGCAAAUCUCCGUUAAAGGCCCCAUCCGAAGUUUCACCCAGGCUGACAUUAGCCGAGGGCAAGUGGAAUACAGUCAUGGAAAGGGAGAGUCUGGUGGCAGUUUUGCCUUUAAAUUUGAUGUGAUUGAUGGAGAAGGCAAUAAAUUGACUGACCAGUCAUUUUCCAUCAGUGUUUCAGAGGACAGAUUCCCACCAGUCAUCACCACCAAUAAAGGUCUGGUCUUGGAUGAGAACUCAGUGAAGAAAAUCACCACUCUGCAGCUGUCAGCCACUGACCAGGAUAGUGAGCCUGCAGAAUUGAUCUACAGAGUCACCAAGCUGCCCCAGCUGGGCCACCUGGAACAUGCAGCAUCACCAGGUAUCCAGAUUAGCUCCUUUAGCCAAGCUGACCUGACCUCACGAAAUGUUCAGUAUAUCCAUUCCAGCGAGGCUGAGAAACACACAGAUGCCUUCAGUUUUAUGCUCUCUGAUGGAGUCAAUGAGGUGACUCAGACUUUCCAUAUCACCAUUCUCCCUGUGGAUGAUUCGCUGCCCAUUGUCCAGAGCCCAGGGAUGCGAGUACAGGAGGGCGUGAGGAAGACCAUCACAGAGUUUGAACUCAAGGCAGUGGAUGCGGACACAGAGGCUGAGUCUGUCACAUUCACCAUUGUGCAGCCCCCACGCCAUGGCACCAUCGAGCGAACCACCAAUGGGCAGCAUUUCCGCCACACCUCCACCUUCACCAUGGAAGACAUCUACCAGAACCGGGUCAGCUAUAGCCAUGAUGGCAGCAACUCCCUCAAAGACCGAUUCACCUUCACUGUUUCUGAUGGGACAAACCCUUUCUUUAUUAUUGAGGAAGGAGGAAAAGAGAUUAUGACCGCAGCACCUCAGCGGUUCCGAGUAGAUAUCCUCCCAGUGGAUGAUGGCACUCCUAGAAUCGUGACCAACCUGGGGCUCCAGUGGCUGGAGUAUAUGGAUGGCAAGGCAACCAACCUGAUCACCAAGAAGGAACUGCUGACCAUGGACCCAGACACGGAGGACUCACAGCUUGUCUAUGAGAUGACGAUGGGCCCCAAGCAUGGCUAUGUGGAGAAUAAGCUUCAGCCUGGCACAGCUGUUGCUCUUUUCACCCAGGAGGAUGUGAACCUGGGGUUGAUUCGUUAUGUGUUGCAUGAGGAGAAGAUCCAUGAGAUGAUGGAUAGUUUUCAGUUUCUGGUGAAAGACAGUAAACCUAAUGUGGUCAGCGACAAUGUCUUCCAUAUUCAGUGGUCCCUCAUCAGCUUUAAAUAUACCAGCUACAAUGUCAGCGAGAAGGCGGGGUCUGUCAGCAUCACAGUACAGAGAACGGGGAACCUAAAUCAGUACGCCAUCGUCCUGUGUCGUACCGAGCAGGGCACUGCUAGUUCCAGCUCCAGAGUCAGCUCCCAUCCUGGGCAGCAGGACUACGUGGAGUAUGCUGGCCAGGUGCAGUUUGAUGAACGAGAGGACACCAAGUCCUGCACCAUCGUCAUCAAUGAUGAUGAUGUGUUUGAGAACAUCGAGAGUUUCACAGUGGAGCUCAGCAUGCCAGCAUAUGCCUUAUUAGGGGAAUUCACCCAGGCAAAGGUCAUUAUCAAUGACACUGAGGACGAGCCUACCUUAGAGUUUGAUAAGAAAACCUACUGGGUCAACGAGAGUGCUGGUUUCCUUUUUGCACCUAUAGAAAGAAAAGGAGAUUCGAGCAGCAUUGUAUCUGCAGUUUGCUACACCAUCCCGAAGUCAGCUAUGGGAAGCAGCCUCUAUGCUCUAGAAUCAGGCUCUGAUUUUAAAUCUAGAGGGAAGUCUGCUGAGAGCCGGGUGAUAUUUGGGCCUGGUGUCACCAUGUCAACCUGUGAUGUCAUGCUCAUUGAUGACAGCGAGUAUGAAGAGGAAGAAGAAUUUGAAAUUGCCCUGGCAGAUGCUUCUGACAAUGCCCGCAUUGGAAGGCUUGCAUCAGCCAAGGUGCUCAUUAGUGGUCCCAAUGAUGCCUCCACUGUUUCCCUGGGCAACACAGCGUUCACUGUCAGCGAGGAUGCAGGCACAGUGAAGAUUCCAGUUAUCCGACAUGGUACUGACCUUUCAACCUUCACAUCUGUGUGGUGUGCAACACGGCCCUCAGACCCAGCUUCUGCCACUCCGGGAGUUGACUAUGUUCCCAGCUCUAGGAAAGUAGAAUUCAGGCCUGGUGACACUGAACAGUAUUGCACUUUGACUAUCUUGGAUGACGCUCAAUACCCAGUAAUUGAAGGACUGGAGACAUUUGUGGUUUUCCUCAGCUCAGCACAAGGGGCCGAACUGACCAAACCCUUCCAGGCUGUCAUUGCAAUUAAUGAUACCUUCCAGGAUGUGCCCAGCAUGCAGUUUGCCAAGGAUUUGCUCCUAGUGAAGGAGAAGGAGGGUGUCCUACGCAUUCCUAUCAUUCGGAGUGGGGACCUGAGCUAUGAGUCAUCUGUGAGGUGCUAUACUCAGGGCCAUUCAGCUCAGGUCAUGGAGGACUUUGAAGAGAGAAGAAAUUCAGACUCUUCACGGAUUACGUUUCUGAAAGGGGAGAAAGUAAAGAACUGUACUGUCUAUAUCCAUGAUGACUCCAUAUUUGAGCCAGAGGAACAGUUCAGGGUCAUCCUUGGCCAUCCUCUUGGAAACCACUGGAGUGGAGCAAGAGUUGGAAAGAAUAGCAUGGCCACCAUCACCAUAUCCAAUGAUGAAGAUGCCCCCACCAUUGAGUUUGAAGAAGCUGCAUACCAGGUUCGGGAACCAGCGGGGCCAGAUUCCACUGCUAUUCUGAACAUCAAGGUGAUCCGCAGAGGUGAUCAGAACAGGACCUCCAAGAUUCGCUGUAGCACGCGGGACGGGUCUGCCCAGUCUGGUGUGGAUUAUUACCCAAAGAGCCGAGUGUUGAAGUUCAGUCCUGGUGUGGAUCAUAUCUUUUUUAAAGUCGAGAUCUUGUCCAAUGAAGACCGGGAAUGGCAUGAAUCUUUCUCCCUAGUCCUUGGGCCAGAUGACCCAGUGGAAGCAGUGCUCGGGGAUGUGACUACUGCCACAGUGACGAUUCUAGACCAGGAGGCAGCAGGGAGCCUCAUAUUGCCAGCACCACCCAUUGUCGUCACACUUGCUGACUAUGACCACGUGGAAGAGGUUACCAAGGAAGGAGUCAAGAAAUCCCCCUCCCCGGGCUACCCACUGGUCUGUGUCACCCCCUGUGACCCUCAUUUCCCUAAGUAUGUCAUCAUGAAGGAGCGCUGCAGCGAGGCUGGCAUCAACCAGACAUCCAUGCAGUUCAGCUGGGAAGUGGCUGCCCCGACUGAUGGCAAUGGAGCCCGGUCUCCCUUUGAGACUAUCACCGACAACACACCAUUCACCAGUGUCAACCACAUGGUACUGGAUAGCAUUUACUUUAGCCGAAGGUUCCAUGUGCGCUGUGUGGCAAAGGCUGUGGACAAGGUGGGCCAUGUGGGGACCCCCUUACGAAGCAACAUUGUUACCAUCGGAACAGACAGUGCUAUCUGCCACACCCCUGUGGUGGCUGGGACAGCUAGAGGCUUCCAGGCUCAGUCCUUCAUUGCAACCUUGAAAUACCUGGACGUCAAACACAAGGAGCAUCCAAACAGAAUCCACAUCUCCGUGCAAAUCCCACACCAGGAUGGAAUGCUGCCCCUGAUCUCCACCAUGCCGUUGCACAACUUGCACUUUCUGUUAUCCGAGUCCAUCUACAGACAUCAGCAUGUCUGCUCCAAUCUCGUCACUACCCGCGACCUGAGAGGCAUUUCAGAGGCAGGGUUCCUGGAUGAUAUGGUGUAUGGCAGCACUGCCCUGGGUCCUGGCUACGACCGCCCCUUCCAGUUUGACCCCAGUGUGCGGGAGCCAAAAACCAUCCAGCUCUACAAACACCUGAACCUAAAGAGCUGUGUCUGGACCUUUGAUGCUUAUUACGACAUGACAGAGUUAAUUGAUGUCUGUGGAGGGUCUGUAACUGCCGACUUCCAGGUGAGAGACUCUGCUCAGUCGUUCCUGACGGUGCACGUGCCUCUCUAUGUCUCCUACAUAUAUGUGACAGCACCCAGGGGCUGGGCCUCCUUAGAGCACCACACCGAGAUGGAGUUUUCCUUCUUCUAUGACACUGUUCUCUGGAGAACAGGAAUCCAGACGGACAGUGUGCUCUCUGCAAGGCUUCAGAUAAUCAGAAUCUAUAUUCGAGAGGAUGGUCGGCUUGUCAUUGAAUUCAAGACCCACGCCAAAUUCAGAGGACAGUUUGUGAUGGAGCACCACACACUGCCUGAUGUCAAAUCUUUCAUAUUGACUCCAGACCACCUAGGAGGAAUUGAAUUUGAUCUGCAGCUUCUAUGGAGUGCUCAGACUUUUGAUUCUCCAUAUCAACUCUGGAGAGCCACUAGCUCCUACAACAGGAAGGACUACUCGGGGGAGUACACAAUCUACCUGAUCCCUUGCACGGUGCAGCCUACACAGCCUUGGGUUGACCCAGGAGAGAAGCCUUUGGCCUGCACUGCACACGCUCCGGAAAGAUUUCUGAUACCCAUUGCGUUCCAGCAGACCAACCGCCCCGUGCCAGUUGUCUAUUCUCUCAAUACUGAAUUUCAGCUCUGCAAUAACGAGAAGGUGUUCCUAAUGGAUCCCAACACAUCUGAUAUGUCACUGGCAGAAAUGGAUUACAAAGGAGCCUUCUCAAAAGGUCAAAUCCUUUAUGGCCGAGUACUUUGGAAUCCAGAACAAAACCUCAAUUCUGCUUACAAACUCCAACUGGAGAAAGUCUAUCUUUGUACUGGCAAGGAUGGCUAUGUGCCUUUCUUUGAUCCCACGGGAACAAUCUACAAUGAAGGGCCACAGUAUGGAUGCAUUCAGCCUAACAAACACCUGAAACACAGAUUCCUGCUGCUGGACCGCAGUCAGCCAGAGGUAACUGAUAAAUACUUCCAUGAUGUGCCUUUUGAGGCCCACUUUGCUUCUGAGUUGCCUGAUUUCCAUGUGAUCAGCAGCAUGCCAGGAGUGGAUGGAUUUACUCUAAAAGUAGAUGCGCUCUACAAGGUGGAAGCAGGACACCAAUGGUACCUCCAGGUGAUCUACAUCAUUGGCCCUGACACCAUCUCAGGGCCUCGGGUCCAGCGCUCUCUCACAACCCUUCUGAGGCGCAACCGAAGGGACUUGGUGGACCCCAGUGGCCAACUGACCCUUGACGAUUCCCUUAUCUAUGACAAUGAAGGAGACCAAGUCAAGAAUGGCACCAAUAUGAAGUCCCUGAAUCUGGAGAUGCAAGAGCCAGUUGUUGCUGCUUCUCUGACCCAAACUGGGGCGUCCAUUGGCAGCGCCCUUGCUGCUAUCAUGCUUCUGCUUCUGGUGUUUUUGGUGGCAUGUUUCAUCACCAGGAAAUGCCAGAAACAGAGGAAGAAACCAACCAGAAAGGACAUCUUGGAGGAGUACCCUCUGAACACUAAGGUAGAUGUACCCAAGAGGAACCUGGACAGGGUAGAGAAGAACGUAAACAGACAAUACUGCACCGUGCGGAACGUCAACAUACUAAGUGAAACCGAGGGGGCAUACACGUUCAAAGGUGCUAAAGUAAAAAAAUUGAAUUUAGAAGUCAGAGUCCACAAUAAUUUACAAGACGGAACCGAAGUUUAAUGGAGACCCACGUGUAUUUUUUUUCUAAAAUCAUUUUUAUAAAACAGGAAAAUGCUGGUAUUUUUAUAAUCUUGCAGAUUAAAAAGGAAAAACUAACUCUGAGUGACAGAUGGCACACAUCACAAGCAUUAACUCACAACUGAGCUACCUCAUUAAACCAAGAACCGCUGGGGCCCCCAGAGGAUUCCUGUAGGGUUAUUAAUGUGUAUCCCUUUAACAUUCUUAAACAGCUACAAAUUGCUCUUUCUGGAAGGCUAAUCUUAUAAAACAAGUAUUUUAGGUAUUAGAUUGGAAGUUAGACAAUUAGUUUAGCCCAUGGAGUUCAGAGAAUUGGGGAACAUACAGUGGCAGAUCUCAGCAUUUCAGAGAGAGUGUGUGGGGUACAGGGCCUUUGGUCUCCCCACUCCACCACUAACUUUCUCCUACUUGGCUUUUCCUGGGCCUGUGGAAAGCAGUGUUUGAAUUGCUUAAACCCAGAUUCUUGGUCUGACGUACUCUGGACAUGUUACCAGGAGGGACCAGUCCCUGAAGAAGGACAUCAUGCUUGGUAAAGUAGAGGGUCAGCAAAAAAGAGGAAGAUCCUCAAUGAGAUGGAUUGACACAGUGUCUGCAACAAUGGGCUCAAACGUAACAACAAUUUUGAGGAUGGCACAGAACCGGGCAGUGUUUUGUUCUGUUGAACAAAGGGUCACUAUGAGUUGGAACCGACUGAUCCGUGCCUAACAACAACUACAACAAGACUCCAUUAACAAUUUCUGCUAAUCAGCACAGCUAUAUACUUGCUCCUUGGUUCUACUUGAGGAACUACUGCUUAAAAAAACCACUAAUUCUUUUAUUUUCAAGUACUUUUCGCCUGGGGGUUUCCAAAGUGCUUUAGCCUAGAGCACUUCUCUACAAAUCACAGAUCACGUGAGAAACCUCUGGGCCUUUCCUGUCAGAUAUCAGGCACAGAGGAACCCUUCUUACAGAGAAGGAGACUGCAACCCAGGGAAAUGAGGAGCCUGGCGAGAUUCUCAGAGCUGAUUAGUGACAUGCUGUAGGCCCAAGGAGAUGUCCUUGUUUCCGACUGGCUUACUUAUUGCCAUGGAUGAUAAAAAAAAAAACAAAAAAAACACUCUCCUGCUACUCCAGGCUUUGUCCCAAUCUAAUGAUAAACAAACCCAUGUGCUUUGCUAGCUGUGGGUUGUUUUUCUUGUUUUUGUUUUUUAAUUUUACUAAUGUUUCAGGAAACUAAGUGUCCCAUUGGAAUAAAGCAAAUUAGGAGACAGUCCAGGUCAGUCUCAAGUCAGAGUGGAUGGAAGCCUAGUGUUCCCCUUGAUGUUGUCACACAGCAGAUAGCCACUAUUCCUUUUGCAGAAUUUCAGGGAUUUCUCUUUCGGGGGGCUCAUUCCUGGUAGCUCAGGCACUUGACUUGACUUUACCAUAUCAGCACGUGACGAGGCCAUAAACACAUGGCUUUUAAAUAAUUUAGUAUUCAAAUAUCAGCUGAACUCUUUUGGAUGUAGGGUGCAUACAACUUGCAUUUUUGUUUCUUUUCUGUUUCUGUCGUACUGGCAGAAACAGACGCAUGCACGUCACGUUGUUUUGAACCAGAGGCACAAUUCCAUUAUUCAGGAGUAAAAGACAUGUACUCUCUUCCCGAUGCACGGCACACCAUGAUCACUGCGGAAAUAACAGAACACUCACAUUCUAUAGUAUUUGUAUUUGAAUGCUAAGGUCUUUGACAGCAUUCCAGACUGGUACUAAAAGCUGAAAAGAAGGACCUGUGAAAGGCUUUAGGCGGCUCUAACAGACUCUGAGCUCCUUGAAAGUAGGGCCUGUGUGGGCGCACCUCUGAUUCUUCCACAGUGCCUUGCACAUAACAAGCACUCCAGAACUGUGUGUUAAGUGAACCAAUGGGCAGUGUAACGGCAUGACUGGUAGAAGAAGACAUUUAGGAAAGGGGGUUAGAGUGUAUGGUGGUAAUAUCACAAGGGCAAAUAGAGAAAAAAACUACGAUUAUCUCUUCUAUUUGGAUUAUGAAAUAAUCUUCUACUUGGAACAAAGAAACACCAAUUAGAAGAUUAUUCAUAGGUAUCGAAUCUGGCAGUGGCCUUAAAGAGGGAUGAACUGAGAAGUCAUAAUAAUGUUUUAGCAGGAGAUGAGACUGUGAGUCGGCACCAUGAGCAGACUUGGAGGAAAGUCUGACUUUGCAUUCUGAGAUGCCAGUAAAGUUUUCAGGAGAGGGUGGAUUGAAGUGAGCCCAGAGCUCACCUGGGGGUUUUCAAAAUGCUUUAGACUAGAGCACUUCUCUACAAAUCACAAAUCAUGUGAGAAACCUCUGGGCCUUUCCUGUCAGAUAUCAGGCACAGAGGAACCCUUCUUACAGAGAAGGAGACUGCAACCCAGGGAAAAGAGGGUCCUGGUGAGAUUCUCAGAGCUGAGUAGUGACAUACCCUAGGCCCAGGGAUAUGUCCUUAUUUCUGACUGGUUUACAUAUUUCUAAAACUUGUGCCUGGUCAGUGCUACUUAAGACCAGCUUGGGCAGUUCAGGGCCAGACGUCUGUGUCUGCUCAUAGACAUCUAGAAUCCGGCUGGAGAGCUCAUCAGCCAGACAGGAGUAUUCCCCAGAACAACCUAGAAGGUUACUGCUGGUUCUUCCAGAACAGGGAACUGAUCCUUUGUGGAGCAGCUUUUGAUUUGGCACAUUAUUUAUAACCUCCUCUAGGCUUGGAGCCCUUGGCAGCACAGUGGUUAAGAGCUUGGCCACCCACCAAAAGGUUGUCAGUUCAAAUCCACCAGCCACUUCCUUGGAAACCCUCUGGGGCAGUUCUGUCCUAUAGGGUCUCUAUGAAUCAACUCGAUGGCAAUGGGUGUGGUUUUUUGGGGGUUUUAGUACCAGAAUGCUUACACGCUAAAACAACAACUUUCCAUUUGUGCAAAUAUUCUUCUUACAUUACUUCCAUUACUAGCAAAUAGGACCGUGCAUAGAAAGAGGGCAAACUGGUAGCCAAAUGCAGCCAGUGUGGCAGGGAAUGCUGAGUACUCCUAGCAGCCUCUAUGUACGAGGUCUGAAAUGACCAGGGCAACACCCUGUGAUGACCUCGUGAUAGGAAACUGCUUGAAAGGAAAGCCCUUGGAAUAUUCCUGCCUCUUUUUCUGCCCUUCCCCCACUACAUACACUUUAUGGAAUGCCAGUACUUCUACAAUGGAUGCACACUUUAUUAAAUGGAAAGUGCUAAGAAAUGUGGAGCUGAGACUUAUUCCUUUGAUGGAGAAUUGUUCAUUUAUGGUUUAUAUUUCACAUUCCCAUGCCCCAAUUUGGUGACUGAUAUGGGAUUGUAUUUCAGUCAAAACUCAGCUUUCAACCUCUGAGUUGUUCACUAAUGCCUUGUGUGUGUUUUACUAAUCUUUUACUCCACGCAGUCAGUAGAGACGGAACAAAAAACCCGUAGGGGUUGCCAUUUGCUAUUACAUGCUCGCUUUGAAGGUUAAAAGAAUGAUCUGUACCUUGCUUUCCUUUUAUUGUGCUCCAGGCCUCCUGGAGGACACCUGCAGAUUCCUGUUGUUGGAUGGGGGAAAUAGUGUUGGGACGUGUUUGCACAGUCUUACGAUAUUCAGUCUCAGUGUCCUGUAGGUAUUUGUUAUUUUUGGAUACUACACACCUGCUCAGAUUGAGUAAAACAUUUGUGGUGCUGUCGACCUGAUUUCUUGACUCUUGAAUGAUUUUUGUAUUUCCAAUACCAAUUUGUGUGUUAUGAAUUUCUGAUUUCUCCAAUAGCAUAUGCCACUAUAUAAAUUUGUAUUAAUAAAUGACAGUCUGGUUACUUUUUUUUUGCUAUAUUCUUUUUUAUUUUCUCACUGACAUAGACAAGUUUAAGAAAGCAAAAUCAUUCUGAUAUUUGAGGUAAACUUUUGUGGAGAAAAAAUGGCUAAUAAGGUUUAUUCUGAGGUACAUAUUAACUGUGCUAAGAGUAGGAUGCUGAAAAAAUUACAUAUCCCCAAAUCACUAUAGUUGUUCUUUCGUGAUCAGUUGAAAACCAAGGACAAAGAAGAUUAAUUAAAAUGUCCAUGUGAAUACAAUAGGAUGAUUAUUUACACUAAAGUCAUUACCAUCAAAUCUUUUUAAGA